GGGUGAAGUGCGUUUCCUCACGCGAAGCACAGCCCGUCGCAGAGCGUGGUGCAGCAGACGGAUGCUGCGGGGUGAGAGGGUGUUUGGGACAUUCUUUGUUUAAUUUUUGCACGUUUGUCAAUCCCGUUAUUAGGCGUCUUACCUCAAAACGAGCAGCGCUGCUUUUUUCCUUGCCUUUGCCUUAAAGUGCCUCUGCAGCUGAGCACGGUCACAUUGUAAACAAAUCUUAGCUCAUUUCCUCCCAGCAGCACGCAGAUGGGAUGCUUUUUGUCACAAAUUUCUAACCGGCACACGUUACCUCUAUUUUUACUCUUUGUUGCGCAUGGAAGGUUACGAAACAGCAGGACGGACGUUGCGGAGUUGUGUAAGGGCCGCGCAGUGCUGGGCCCUCUGCUGCCUCCCCUGCCGCCUGCGCGCUCCGUGAGCAAAAAGCCAUCGUCGGGUCUGUAACAACACGAGUCGAGUUUUGAGGUGAUGGUGUUAACAUUGCAAAUCAUUGCCUUGAAAAGGGAUUUAGUUCGAUUUAAACAAAAUCUUAUUUUUGGCUCUGAAGAAACACGCUGUGGUUGAGCGAAUAAUUUGUGUGCAUCAGUAAUAGGUCAUCCAAGAUGUUUUAGAGAGCGGCGCACAGAGGUCUGUCAUUGCAUGAUUCUUCUGCAAUAGCAAAAGGCACAUCUUCUGAUUUUAUGCUCACACACACGGAGAUGUGUGUAGGUGUCAGUGUCCCUACAAAGCAUUGCUAGGCUUGGCCGCACACCUGGAGCACAGCGUGGCUGCUGGGAGCCUGUCCCUGCAUGCACUGCUGCAUGCUGUGCCUUUGUGCAGGUUGUUCAGCCCUCCCUGGUGUGAAACAGGGAGUCUGUCUCCUGUGUUAUGAGCCCAACUGACCAGUUGUGAAACACAAGGGGUGUUCAGUGGGACAGUAUAUAGAGAGGGACAUCCCCUACAUAUAGCAACAUGGAUCAAGGUCUGGCCUUGCAGGUUUUGCAUUUCCAUUUCACACCAUUCCUAUUCUGUCUCACAGAGUGGUGAUGGAUGUUGUUGGGCAGUAAGACCUCACUGAAAGCAUCAGACAAUGAGGUGUUACUUUUUAAUAAGAUGUGUGGGAAUUGAUAAAUGCAGAAGGUAUUUCUGAAGUGUAGAACCAACAGUGCUAAAGGGAAAACUGUAUGAGUUGCCUCGUAGAGAAUUAUCUUUGAAAUGAUUAAACCUUACUUUGGUACCAUGUAGAUAUGGGUAACGUAUUGGUAAAAGUUUUGGAUUACAAAACAAACAGUAUACAACUUGAGCAACAGAGCAGAACUUGUCUGCUGAGAGUGAGGGGAUGCUGCUUCUGGCAUCACACCGUACCUGCUCCAGGCAGGGGAUGUGGUGAAACGUGAGCUCUCUUCAGGCUGCUUUAUGCUGUGAAGGGGCAUUUUUGCAGUGAACGGCUGUGCUGGAGCUGUAGGCAUCCAGUACCUGCUCUGGCGGGUAGAAGCAGGAUGACAGAAAAUCAGGGAGAUGGGAUAUGGUUGUUUUUCCAAAGGGUGCCUUUCACCCUCACGUGUUGUUUUGGGAUUGCUUGUAGUCAGGAUCUGAUCUCAUUCUUGAAUGAGAUUUUUUCCUAUAAAUAAAUUAUUUUUGCUGUGGCAGCAUUCAGCACCAGGUGGAGAGUCUUUGCAUCAACUAGGAAGUUCAUUAUUUAUUUAACAUAUGAAGUGUCCAUGAAAAGCAUCACUAUUAUUUUUAUGUCUGCGGUGAUAGUUUCAAAUAUCCUUUGCUCCAGAUGAAGCAGUGUGUGGAACAGAGUAGCUUCCUCUACCUGAACAUUUUCACUUUGAAAUUUCUGGAGAUGGUGAUUCCCAUAUACUUUCCUUAUGUCCUGUUCCUGUUCCAGGUGGUUCUGUCUAAAGCAUCUGCUGGAUUGACAGUUCUUUACUGAGGUCAGUUUGCUGGCUCUUGAUGACUGAGUUUCAGGAAAACACUAGGAGAAAAUUCAGCAAUCGGGCAUGCCUCAGUAAUGCCCGAGGGACACAACGGACGUCUCUAUCCUUCUGCAUUACCUACCACGUGCACCCAAGUCUCUGGGCAAAAGCAGUCCCACACAUAGGCUUGCCUUUGCCUGAAAUCCUGCAAAUCUAGGCAGACUGUGUUGUUCUGAUAAGAAUUAUGAUGUUCCUGAGAUGGCGUGUUUGUAGCUCUGAGAUGGAGGUUUUGCAAAGUGGGAAUGUUUGUCCAUCAUUCAUCUUCCUUGCAAGGUGUGUACAGUGUUUAAGCAUAGCUUUCAAAGCCACAUUUUUUUUUUUUUUUUUUAACAAAUAAUCUCCCAAUUAUCUUCAUUCGUUCAUUUUAUCUGUAGCCAUGGUUUGGAGGGAAAAAUUAGGAAAAGCUUCAUUUAUCAUUGGGGAUGUUUGUACCCCUGAAGUUAAAUUUGCCUCUGCCACUCCGAGAUGUUUCUGAAUGACACAUGGAAAUUAAGUUAUAUAUAUAAUGAAAUAUAAAGUAACAUAGAUUUCCCCCAUAUUAGUAGGCAGAACCCCACCUUGCCUGUUUAUGACAGCUCUGUUUAAAGAAGCAGAAAGUGUCUGCAUCACAGAAUAUCCUAGGUUGGAAGGGACCCAUAGACAUCACUGAGUCCAACUCCUGGCUCCACACAGGACCACUCAAAAUCUGAACCCCCACGUCUGAGAAUGUUGUCCUAAUGCCCCCUGAGCUCCAGCAGCUUGGGGCCAUGCCCACUGCCCUGGGCAGCCUGUUCUGUGCCCAACCAGCCUGUGCAGACUGUUUCCCUAACCCCUCGAGCCCCUCCCCAACUGCUCCAUGCCAUUCCUGCAGGCCCUGUCGCUGUCACAGAGAACAGAGCUCAGAGCAACCCGUCUGCUCCCCCUCAUGAGAAAGCCAUAGGCCACCCUGAGGCCUCCCCUCAGCCUCAUCUUGUCUGGGCUGAACAAACUGAAGCUACGCCUCACGUUUCUUUCCCUCCAGACCCUUUAUCAUCUUUGUAACCCUCCUUUGGACACACUUGAACAGUUCCUUUUUGUACUGUGGUGCCCACAAGUGCAUACAGUAUGCAAAGCUGCACCAGUGCAGUGUAGGUGGGACAGUCACUUCCCUUGACCAGUUAGCAACACUGUGCUUGAUGCACCCCAGGAUACAGUUGGCCUUCCUGGCUGCCUGAGCGCAAUGUUGACUCAUGUUCAGUUUGCUAUUGACCGAGACCCCCAGGUCCUUUUCAGUGGGGAUGCUGUUCAGCAUCUCACUCCCCAGUACGUGUAGACAGGAAAUGCAGAAGGAUUCACUGAAUGUUACUGCCCUCUUCUGCUGGAUGUUUUUUUUUCUAUUUUAUGGCAUGAUAAACAAUGAUAUUCAUAUCAUCAAGAUGUUUUGUUUUGGUUUUUUUUUGCCAUUUAGAUGGCACUUUAUUUUCAAGGUGAGCUCUAAUAAGUCAGUCAUUUACAAUGCAAGCCACAUAUGGUUCAGUUUUGUAAAUGAACUCCAUAAGAUGAAGUUGUCAUUAGAUUCUUAAACAAAAGACAGACAAAAAUGUAUAUAUAUCUGUAUAUAUUAAUUUUAAGUAACUUCACUGUACACAGUGAAAUGCAUAAUUAGAAUUUUUGUUCUUGCAAUAUUUAAAACUGUAACUAUUCAAAGUGGAAUUGAAGAAAUGGUUGAGGUAGCAGGUUAUAUUGUUCUUCCAAAAAACGCUGCCUUUGUUGUAGGAUACCUGGAAAGGGCACGGCUCCCAUGGGCUGUCAUGCUGAUCUGGGUGCUAUUUGUCGGAGAAAUGAGUUCAGCUGAGAAGCAACAUGAGCUAGGAUUUAUAACUUGCUGGAAAAAAAGAGAAGUGGUAAACAUAAGGUGUUUAAGAUAUUACCACUUUAUGAUCAUAAGUCACCUUUCUUACUUGGUUUAAGAAUCAGGUAUUAAGAAUAGCUUCUGAAUGCCUUUUUCCUUUUCUUCUUGUUUUCUACCUGUCCUCUCCUUCCAUAUGGUCAAGAAGUUAAGCUUUAUAAGGAGAAGGUGUGAGUUUAUUCUUAUUUUGUGUCAUACAGGGUGAAAAUAACAAAAGGUAAUCUGCCUCUAAGUUACAGACCUAUUAAUAUUUUAAUUGUAGUGAGUGGAAGAAUCUUGUUGUGCAUCUAAAAGAAUCCCUGGGAAAAUUGCUUUUGCAAAUGAAAAAAUACCCCCAAACCUGAUUCUUUUUGUUGAGCAGUAUGCUCUUGGGUAGAUGUGAAAUAGAGCAUGAGAAGCUGUCCGAUGCCAGAUGAUUUUAGACCUCUGCCACGUUCACCUGUGUGGUGGGUUUUCUUGUUGCUUCCAAGAUACGAUGGGUAGCAGAAAGACUCUUUUCUGUUGGGAAUGUCUGGAGGGGGAGCAUCAAUCUCCAAAGGCAGCUCGUGCUCCCGGUGAGGUGCUGAUACGGUGUGCUGGUCAGCUCCUUUAAUGAACUGAUUGUAUUUUUAUAAAUGAAUAAGUAUACAAUGCAUGGUGUCAAGUAAAGGCAUGUUUCUGCUCGUAAUUACAAAGAACUAUGUCUGAACAUGUAACAGUUUUGUGUUCAUCAUGAGCUCCAAGUCUAACAUCUGUAACAACUGUUCUAAAUUAAGUGUGGUAUUUGUGGCACAUUCAUGGAAACAUGGAUAAAAUAUUUAUAUGCGCUCUAGAGAAUGGAAUGAAAGAAAGUGCAUUUUUUCCUAUCCAUUGUUUGCCUUUACGGAUUUCUAAUAAAACAGAAAAGCAGCCUGAUCAGUGAGUUGUGUGGGAUGCACACAUUGCAUGGUAAAAAUGGUAAAACCAAAGACUUGUUGCAUCAGCUGGUAUUGAAAUCAGAAGGGCUGCUUGCACUGAAGCUGGCAAUGAAUUUAUUUUCACUUCUUUUUAAUAUGUUUCAAAUGUUUUCCCUUCCUUUGUGACUGUGGGAGUCUCAUCAUCAUGUUUAAUAGCACAGUUAUUUCCUGGCAAAUGGACCUGUUUUAUUUCUUCAGCCUGUACUUUUCUGUUCUUUUAUUGCAAAAUGUGCUUGAUCUGAAGCUCACUACUGCCAUCAUAUUUAAUAUGUUGCAGCACAAACACUGCAGAGUUGAUGGGUACAGAGAUAUGAUAACAAAUCUGUUCUGAAAACAUUCUUGAAAACUGAAGGACAUGAAGAGGAAGUCUCUGUCUUUAUGCUGCUUUUGCUGCCUUCUGGUCGUCAGAGAUGUGUUAACAGAAGUGUUUGGCUAUGUACUUGCUUUUAACUCUCAUGAAACCAGCUGGUUUGUCUGGCCACGGUUGUCAUUUCUCUUCUGUGUUCUCCUGGAGAACUCUGGUCAUUUGGGUCUCGGUUUCACUGGAACCCCUACGUUCUGCAGGUGAAAUACUCAGUUACCUGGUUUCAAUCAAAGAAGACUUAUUUUUUUCCAGGUUAAAAAAAAAAAGUCAUGGUAAAAACAAUUUCUGAAGCUCCUAGACUGCUUCAGUUUUGCUUUUGUCAUCUGGCAAGCAAAAGAAAUGUGUUCCAGUGAAAGCUGAGUAUGAAUGGGAGAUUUGUGAGGCAACUGUGCUCUGAAGCACAAUUGCAUGGACAGUGCAUGGGCCCUGCCUGCCAGCAUAGAUAUGCUUCAGGGAGUGAAGUGGGUUGAAAUGGGAGGCCAGUCAGGUGCGGGCAUUGCUUAGGAAAAUUGAGCUGUACCUUAAAUCCAAAUCAGUUCUUUCUUCCAGAAUUAUCCUAGAAAGAAAUUAGCAGAACUAAUGGGUAGGUGGAAGAAAAAGCUACUGCUAAUUUAGGGAGGAGCUGAGUGAAUUUGGUCCCUACUUAUUUUUUGUUUUUUGUUUAAGGAAACUUACCUGUGCACUUCAUCUACUGAAAAAGAAACAAAUCCAUUGCUUGUGUUUUAUUUGGAAGCUGAGAGGAAUUUUGGAUGAUACGUUCCAGUAUGGGAAGAUUGCAGUUUCUAUCAUUAACGUCUUCUCAAGUAACCCUUUCCUUGCUUCUGUUUUAUUAAUGUCUGAUUUGUUGUUUUAAUCCUCUGAACCAUUCUGGAUGGAUGCAAUAAAGGGUGAAAGGCUAGACUGAAACUGAGUUGAAAAGAAUGACUUAAUGUCAGAUUUAACUAGUGAGAUGAGGUGUGAAAUGAGACAUCUGAUUGCACGGCAUCCUGGCCAGGUAUUUCCCACUGCUGUUUGCUUGCUUUAUAAAUUAUUGGCUAUUUGCAUGUGUUACAACACGGCUGUAGGGAGACUGUACAUUUCUUGGUGCUUGAUAAACCAGACAGAAAAUGAGAAUUCCCAGCUAAAAAUUGAGUAUCUGCCUUAUUCAAAGCAAGAGUGAGCUCCCUACUUUGGGAAGUGACUAGAUGUGGGAUUCAUAUUAUUUUAAAUGAAAGUUCAUCCAUGAUUCUUCUGCAAAAAUGAUUUUCAGAUGAAGUGUAUUAGACAGCAUUGCUCUUUUCCUCAUUUGCAAACUUGGUAGUCACAAAUUCAGUCCCGCCCAACUAGUUCCUGAAAAACAAACCCUAAAUGACUUAAACUCAGCUGGAAGCACUGUAGGAUGAUUUUUUUCCAAGGAGUGUAGACAAUGGUGUAUGAAACAGAACAUUUUUAUCCUAUGGGGUAGUUUGAGUUUGCGGCAGAGGCUGCCCUGGAUAUUUCACCCUCACUACUAUCUGUCAUAUUUUGUUUAGGUCGCAAGACUCUUAAUUUCUUUUAUGGGUGAAUUUAAAGGAAAAGGCCAUAAAUGAAAGCCAUCAGUUUUUUUUUUUUGUUUGUUUGUUUGUUUGUUUUUGUCAGCCUGAAUGCAUCAAAUCUAUGGAUUUUAUUUUAUUUUUUCCGUUGCUAAUAAUUUUUCAGGAAGCCUUGUUUGGGUGCUCUUGCCUUUGAGAUUUUCUUCCUAUUUUAACAGUACCUGUGAGAAUGAAAAACAUUUUUCAUUGUUACUUGAACGAAAAGAAAUAGAUUUUCGUUAUUGGCAAUCAGCACUCAACUUCUCUGCUAUUGUGAUUUUUUUUGUGUGUGUGAUUUUGGUUUUUUUUAGUAGUUUCCAUUUUUCUUCCAUGUAGCCUCAAUGUGUUUUCCAUUUCCUAGGCAGAUAUUUGGUCUAUUAGCUGUGACAAAUAUGUCAUGAGAUUUUAUAACUUUCUUACAUAAAGAAGCAUCAGCUGACAUUUUGUCUGCUUUGUCAUCUCACAAAGCUGUAAAUGGUAUUAGGGUAAUUGAUCGUGUUACGCCAUUUAUAAUAAGCAUUUUAGAUCAAAACAAUCAAAAGGUUACCUUUCCGUGGAAAAUCCAUCCAUAGAGAGAACAUUUGCAAAUGCUGCUCUCUUCCUCAUUGCAGAUGCUGGAAUUUUCUCUUAGCUACUUCCUGCUUAACUUUAGUGAAUUCUUUCAUGCAAUCUCACGCUCUUUUGUUGUGCAGCUGGAAGCUUCUCUGCAGUUGCACAGUGAGUGCUGUAUGUUCUAAUUUUCCAUCGCUGUCCAACACACUGACAUUGAACUGCAUAAGGGAAGCUAUUGUAGGUUUUAUUGAGUAGAAAAUGGUUUCAUCAUAAUACUUUCUUAUAUAAAAAAAGCUUUGGGUAAUAAAGUUUGUUUAGUUUUAUUCAUGAAUGCCUUUUCUCAUUCCUUUUGAGGAAAUAAACAUUUUGGUAAAGAAGAGAAAUAUCUUCUGCAGGAGCAUUUAGCAGAUUGGUUUGUAGCAAUGCAGAAACUCCUGUUCCACCUACUGACUUCUACUGUGCAAAGUUUUGUAAGGGCUUCGGAGACUGAAUAAGGUUUCAUAAGGUGAGCUGCCUUUACUCACUCAAAGAAGCCCCCGGGUGCUAUUGGUACAAAAUUAAUAGGUGUGUUCAUCAAACACUUCAGUAUCAGAGCUAAACACAGAAUACGGUACACAUGCUCUUUCUGUCGUGCAGCUGAAAAGCAGUCUUUUGUUACAGCAAUGAAUAUUUUGUCUUGGAAUUUUCCAUCGCUACCAAAGGGAAGAAAAGGAUCACUUUGGCAUAAACUAUGUAAAAUGGACUGUGAUAGGGUUACCUGAAUAAAAGAUUAAAUCUAACUCAGUGUAAAACAUUUAUCCAUAUAUGUAUGCUACAUAAAUACUCCCCAUCUAUAACUAGGAAAACUAGGAAUAAUCUGAAAUUAACAGGAUAGCAUGGCAGAGCAUUCAAACCCCAAUCACAAUGCAACAAAUUUGAGGCUGGGAGGUAUGCAGAGUAGCUAUGCAGGACUGCAGCACCAACAUCCUAAACACUCCAUGGUUGUCGGUGCGUGUACAGAGAUGGACUCUCUGACCCGGUGGUUCGCUGCAAGCCUCUGUCCCUAAAGUAAUGCUUAGUGGAAGUACUGGGAUAAUUGUUUUUUUUUUUUUUUUUUUUUUUUUUUUGCUGCCUUAAAUGCUCAAGUGUAAUGUCUCAUCGUGAUUUGCCAUUCUCUAAUCUAAUGCAUCAUAGAAUCAUAGAAUGUCCCGACUUGGAAAGGACCCACGAGGAUCACCAGGUUACCACAACAGGCUGUUUGUAUGUCAAUCUCUAGGGUGAGUAAUAAUUGGGACACUUGAUGUGUGCAGUGCAGUAAGGCAGGCUUUUGGUCAGAGCUCCAACAUGUUUAAUAUGGGACAAGAGCAGAAUCUCAGGAGAUGGGUACACCUCCUUUCCUCUCUGGGCAUUCACACAGAGCCCAGGUGAGCAGAUGCCAUCAGGGUGCCUCCUCGUUAAGGACUGGAUGUGGAUUAAGGUGUUGGUGUUAAGAUGUUGAGUUCAUUAAAACUGACUCUUCCCAUUGCAGAGGCUGAAGGAGUCACUGGCUGUCGGGCAAACAGCUCUCCCACCACCCUGACUGCAGGACACCUCCCAGAGCAUCCCAACCCACUCUCUGCCCUCGCUGCCCUUGGGUGGCUCUGGGUGUGGCCCACGGGCACCUCAGGGCACUGUGAAUGGAACAUAGAGGGGCAAGCAUGGCCUUGUGAACUUCCUUUUGAUGUACUCGUUAGAGCACUCCUGCCUGUGUCAAUUAAACAUGCAAAGUAGUUCUUGAGUGUUAUAACUUAGCUCUUGGGGAUUUGAAAUGUUGAUACACUUUCCAGAGGGAAGGAAAAGGAGAAAUAUUUAUGUAGAACACUUUGUUGUUCCCUUUGGCUGGUGAGAAUGAUUCGCCCUUUUACCUGAGGCUCCUUGUCCCCUGCUCUAACACAAAUUGAUGUAAAUGACAUGUCGGCAGUACUGUACUGUGAGAAGUCAUAUAUUAUUGUCACACUAUGAGCAAUACUGAAUGGGAAAAAUAUCCCCAGCAAAUGCAAAGCACUUUGCAGAGCAGGAAUUUCUAGGUGGUGUGGUUAACAUUCUUUGCUGCACCACGCUGUGCAGCAGUACUAUGGUGUUGGCUCAUGGUUACUCGUUCGCCAACAAGUCUGUGCAGCUCCAUGGGGAUUUACAUAGCAAUGUUUUGGAUACUCUAUCAGCACUGUCUUGGGGAUGGAAUAUUUCAGUGUCCUCCUACUACCUGGAAGCCCUUCUCAACACAGAUCGGUGUAAGAUUAUUGUGACAGAAAGAACUUAUGCACAUCAUCAACAUUUGGUCAGCUGAACUGUUGCGGAAAACAGGAGAAAAAGAAGCCCAUAUGCAGAAAUCUGUCUUCAGAUCAAAUCCAGACGAUUUCUUGCAGUGUACCUAAUACGUGGAUAGCACUUGUCUAACUGUUCAACUGGGGAACCAGUUCCUAUACCAGACCUGUGUCUGUGGAUUUGCUGUCAUGAAAAAUAACAUUGAUUGAGGUAGAUGGGUUUCAUUUUAUACUCUAAGCCUGUUUGGAUUUUAUCCAGAUGAAAAUCUCAAAAUCUCCUCUUCUUGGGGUGUUCUGAUUCUAGCUUAACUAGGAAAGUAAUUUUAAUCUUCCUUUUGUUAAACUAUUCUUUGUUACUCAGACACUUAACCAAAAUAUUAAUGAGUUGUUAACCUUCUUUGGAUUAAAACCAGUCUUUGUCACCUGGCAUAGCCAUGCCCUUAUCUUAGGGAGAAUCUCCUCUUUCUCUGGCUUUAAAUACAAGGGCUCCAAAUGUAAUGCUUCCUAUUUCAUGAUGUUGGCCCAUGAUGUAGGAGGCGGAUUUUGGUGGUUUGGCAGUAGAGGUUGAACCUUCCCACCAAUACCCCAUUACAUAUUGUUGCCGUACAACAGAUGGCAGCAGAGGGGCAAUCUUGACAGAAUUGUCAUACACGCUUCUGACAUGGAAGCGUGUAUGAAGCAAAGGAGUGUCAUUAAAUUCCUCAGUGAGGAAGAAAUGGCUCCCACUGACAUUCACUGACACCUGCUGAACAUUUAUGGAGACCAAACGGUGGAUGUGAGCACAUUGAGGUGGUCAGUGGUGCAUUUCAACAGUGGUGACAGUGAUGUGAAAGGCAAGCCACAUUCUGGAGAGCCAUACAGAGCUGUUAUUCCACAAAAUGAAGAGCAUCUCAAUCAACUCAUCUGCACAAAUUGGCUAGUAGUGGUGACUGUAUUAAAAAAUAGUGUUUGCUGCUGAGAAUUUGCUCUGUAAAAUAGUGUUACUGCUCUCCUUGUAUCUUUUGUAAUUUCCAUGGAAAUAAAUGGGAGGCAUUACUUUCAGAGUAAGUUACGUAUAUUGAUGCUUGCUAUAUCCAUAUUCGUACCCAGGACUGAAAGGCAACCUUCAAGCUUGCCUCAAACAACGUGUUCCAAAUUUUGGUUUAAAAUAGAACACCAUGUCCUUCAUCAGGCAUACACAAAAUACUUCCUUCUGACAAGGGCUGACUGUGACAUAUGACAGCCCCAUCUGUCAUAUGGACACGUUCCUCUGCUCAUCCAAUGUGUCUGUCAUAGAUCAGACUGUGGCUCCCUGGAGGUUUUUUUAAUUCGUUUUGGAAGACAACUGACCAUUAGGAAAAUGUGACAAGCACAGCUUGGGCAGACAGUUCUGGACAAAAACUUGUCAUUUUUUUGUCCAAAAGCUUAUCUAGAGCAGAACUAUCACGGUAUGGUUUUACUGUAUGGUUUCUUGAUAUGAGAUGAACCACAGCAGAAGAUCUUCCACAUUGGCUUGCACAGGUUUGUGUAAGGACCCACAUAAAUAGUAUUUCAUUAUGUUUUGCAGUGUAUGGAGGAUUUGAAGCUCCUCUUGGGCUGACAAAAGUCAUGAAACAAGAAACUGCCAAUGCAUUUAAUGUUCAUUUGUGCCCAAUUAAUUUUGUGGGUUUCAAUGGACAAGGGCUGAUGUAUUUCCUGAAUUAAAUACCACUUCAAAAGUGUAUUCACUCUAUGCCUGCUAAUUUGGGAAUGUGAGGCAUCAUUUUGGUGACUUCUGUACAAAAAGGAAUAGAUAACCAAAAUCUCCUUUUCUCCCUUCUCAUAAUUACUGCCCUCAUCUUUUUCUAGUGAGAAGACAAAACAAAAAUGACAGUUUUGAGAGCUCAUGAAUCUUCAGGCUAUGGCUGCUAAGCGGAAGAGCUCUAAAAACCCACAGAAUUUGCUAACCUUAAAAAUAAAAUAUAAUAAUUUACAAAAAGGCAAACAACCUUACCAACAGUAUAUGUUCUAUUCAGUUACUGAAUAAAGUACCAUUAUGGAAAUCAGAUUGCAAAUUUGACUUGAAGUACAAAUUAUACAGGAAAUGCAUCUUGAAAGAUAAAUUUAGUGGUAGUGAUAGCCACCUUUUUGUUCCCUGAUCUCACUCCUCUUUUUGUCCGUGCGGCAGGGCAUGGCAUGGGAACUGCGUGAGGGGACCGUUUGCCUUCUCCAUUUAGGCCUGGAGAAGUUAAGGCCUGAGCAGUUAAGGCCUGUCUUUAGCAGUGGAGAAAUCCUAAAGAAAUGGGUAAAUGAACCAGUUCUUCCCAAGCUGGAAGAAGAGUGACUUUGAAAUUGGUAUUAGGUCUUUGCCAUAAGCUUCAUGUGUAACCUGCUUAGACUUGUUCAGGCUCCUGUGCCAACUCCUAACUGGAGCAGCAGCAGAACUUGCCACCUAUGUCUUGCCUUCUGGGUAGGGGUACCCUUCUGUGCUCCUACAAAAUGUGACGUCUGGAUUGCAGUGCCAGUGGGAGUCUGGUGGCAGAAAUUGCAAAUAAUCCCUGAAAUGAGGAGGGCUGAGGGUUUGGGAUUUGGGAUUGCAAAGACUGACCAUAAGCGUGAUUUAUACUCAUUAAAUCAGAUCUCUUUGCACAUUUUCAGUUAGGUUUUCAGGUGCUUCUCACGCAUAGCGAGAAGGGAUCUGCAAACGUAGUUGUCUCUGGAGAAAAACAUUUAUGAUGUGCUCAAAUAGUUUACAUUACAAUGUAGAUGAAUAUGAUUCCUGAUGUGUAUUUAACCUUCUGCUUGGUACAGGGGUGAUUCCACCACUCAGCUUUUUGCCUAAUAUGGGGUAUUUUUUUUCUACCAGCAGCACUGGGUAGCACACAAGGUCAGGUCAUGUUCUUACCUGCUUCCUUGGAUCAGCAGUGGCAGUGACCGCUCUGAGCCUCUGACGCUCAUGCUCCAUGGCCUCUUGCCAUCUAUUUCUGUAGGCUGUGACACCCAAGAGACUGAAGCUGCUCCUGAUGAGAAGUGUACUACCCUGGUGAGAUCCUGGUUGUGAACAUCAUCAGUGCGCACCACAGCUUACCUCCACCACUGAGAUGAAAGCUGUUUUCUGGUUCUUUUUAUGUGUUGUUAGCUUUAGCUACAGCUACCUUAGUUUAGUGCUGUGGUGUAUCUGAGAGGAAUUGGACUUUAGUAUUUCUGUUAAGUCCAGGUUUAGCAUUAAAGACUUUUUUGCCUUCUUAGCUUUGUGCAGGUGUAUAUUUUUUUCUUACUCUACUUAGUCCUGAGAAACUCCUGCAGAAACUCCAUAAAGAUCCCAUCCUCACCUACCUCAGUGCAAAAAGGUGGUGGGUAUGCACGCAGCUACCAGAGAGCUCCAAGCUGCAGUACUGGUGAACAACAGGAUGGACCUGAUGGUGAAGAGCCAAAGGUUGCGGGUAUUUUGAUUACUCAGGUCUGCUGAGUAUGAAUAAGAAGUUGUUGAAUGUGAAGUGGCUGAAUGUGAAGUUGUAAAGAAUUGUUCAUUCUUUGGCAAAAAGUAGCAAAUGAAAUUCAAAGUAAAGCAUCCAAGGAGAAACACUCUUAACUGUGCAUAAUCAGUGGUGCAAUGCUGAAGCAGGUCCAUGAGCAAGACAAUGUGGAGCUCCCAUGUUUUGUUUAAAUCUUCAAAGCCAUAGGAAGAAUUGAAAAUGUUUUUCAGACUGAAGUAAGUUCCUGACACAUGAAUGUAUGCUAAUUUAUAUGUCUGUGAAUGUUUAGUUAGGUGUAUCAGUGCUUAGACCCGGCGUGAUGAUUUUCCAGACAACAAUCCACAUGACAUCCCUUUUUCUAGGAUGGUUCUGCUUACUUGCUCUCCACUGCUUGACAUCUUGCUGACUGUGUAUGAUCUCUGUUACGCAGUUCUGGCACAUGGCCAACAUAUUUCAAACCAAAAUUUGGAAGAUAAUGAUAUCUAUCUAUCUGCCUAUUGAGCUGUCUCCCUUCCAGCAAAUGUUUUAGAUGUGCUUUGUAUCCCUUUUAGCUACAGUCAGCACAGUGACAUUUAUAGCUCGUGUGUUGUGAUUUAACCUGUUGGGCAGCUUAACACCAUAAAGGAGAUUGCAGAGAGAAUGGAAAAUAAACAACAAAGUAGAACUUGUGGGCUGAGAUAAAAACUAAGUUUUACUAAGACAGAAAAGGAAGAAGAAAAAUGAUAAUAGUAAUUGUAGUAAUAUUUACAGGUUGGAUCCGCUGUUUGGUCUCCGUAAACAUAAGCAAGUGUUAAUGAAUGUCAGUGGGUGUCAUUUAUAUUUAUAUAUUUAUGUCAGACAAGUGAUGCAAAAGUAAUUGCUCACUACCUGCCAACGAAUGCACACUCAGUCCCCAAGCAGCACCUGUCUGUCCGGCCAACUCCCCACCCUUUUCGAAUUUUUUUUUUUUUUUUUUUUUUUUUUUUGCAUGAUGCCAUAUGGGAUGGAAUAUCCCUGUGACCUGUUGAGGGCAGCUGUCCUGGUUCUGUCCCCUUCCAGCUCCCCGUGCCUUCCCAGCCCCUCGCUGGCAGGACAGUGGGGUAAGCUGAGAUCCAAAACAUCCUUGGCUCUGUGCAGCACUGCUCAGCAACAACUGAAACAUGAGUGUUUUAUUGACAUUGUUUUUCUCUUAAAGCCAGAACACAUCAUCAUACCGGACAUUACAAAGAAAGUCAACUCUGUCCCAGCUGAAACCAGCACAAUGUGCCUGUUGUGAUCAGAAAAAUCAGAUUUUACCAAUCCUUCAGACUAACAAAGAAAGGAGUGGCUGAGCAGGGCCAUAGCUAGGAAGCAGUGAUAUGGAUCAUCUGAGAGAAGAGCUAAGAAUUAAACCUGAUAACAUAGUGAGGAACUGGACAGGAUUGCGUCCUGUGAAAAUACCCAAGAUUUUUACUAUUUGGUGAAAAUCCAGAAUCAGUAGGAGACACAGAAUGAUGAGUCAGCUGGACACAGGGACUACUUUUGAUGCUGAUGAGUAUUUGGCUGCCAGAGAGGGAUGAGUGGCAUUCUUAGUCCUCCUGCUGCAGUAAGACCAUUUUGCUAAACAGCAGUGGGUCCACUUGUAUGGAGGAAGCUCAGCUGAACUUGGGACCAUCUCAGUCUAUAUGAGCACUACAUAUUGUAUUAUAAGCUAAUACAGCAGGUGAUUGAUGUGGAUGAAGAGGCUCUGUGGUGCCGCUGGUCUCAGGCACUGUGGGUGCCUGCUGAAGUCUCACAUGCACCUGGGACUUGAUGAGCUCAUAAAAGGCAAGAACAGUGAUGACAGAUCAGUUUCCUGGCCUUCCUUCCCAUUCUUUCCUCUUGCAUUUCUGUGCUGAGAAAAUGACACAGAAAACUCCAUUUGUGUUACCGAAGCCCCUGCCCUCUCCUGGCAUACUAACUUCAGCACAGUCUGACAGAAGCACUUGGAUGUCUGGAAUUCAAGAUACUUUUUUUAUGCUCUUACACUGAAGUAGAACAAAUAAGUGCAAGAAAUUUCUCUAGUUCAGUUAAAGGUCAUACUGAAUUCUGCUUUGAAUAACUGAGAAGCCUCUUUGGUGUGGAAUUGCACAAGACAUUUGGCAGUUGUCUUGAAUAAAAAUUGAGGCAGAAAUGUCCUUCAUAGAUCCUUAUCAACACAUUGUGGUGGAACACCAGUACUCACACGUAUUCACUGUGACAGUAAGGAAAGCCACAAAUGUCACAAAAGGAGCCAUUGGCGACAUGCUUGACACUCCAGACCCCUAUGUAGAGCUGUUCAUCCCUUCCGCUCCUGACUGCAGGAAGAGAACUAAACAUUUCAAUAAUGAUGUGAAUCCUGUGUGGAAUGAGACCUUCGAAUUCAUUCUGGACCCCAACCAGGACAAUGUUCUUGAGGUUACUUUGAUGGAUGCCAACUACGUUAUGGAUGAGACUCUUGGUAUGGCCACAUUUCCUAUAUCCUCUUUGAAACUGGGAGAGAAGAAGGAGGUCCAGUUAACUUUCAACAAUGUUACAGAAAUGACUUUGGAGCUGUCUCUUGAAGUGUGCUCUUCAACUGACCUCCGGUUCAGCAUGGCUUUAUGUGAUGAGGAGAAGAAAUUCCGGCAGCAGCGGAAGGAUAAUAUCAUGCAGAGUAUGAAGUCAUUCCUAGGAGAGGAAAACAGCAAGAACUUGACCACUUCCCGUGACGUACCAGUGAUAGCAGUAUUGGGAUCAGGAGGUGGAUUUCGUGCCAUGGUUGGGUUUGCUGGAGUCAUGAAAGCGCUUUAUGAAUCAGGAGUUUUAGACUGUGCAACUUACAUCGCUGGUCUUUCUGGAUCCACCUGGUACAUGUCAACUUUAUAUUCACACCCGGAUUUUCCAGAAAAAGGACCAAAAGAGAUUAAUCAAGAAUUGAUGAACUCGGUCAGUCACAACCCACUUCUGCUGCUCACUCCUCAGAAGGUCAAACGCUACAUUGAAGCAUUGUGGAAUAAAAAAAGCUCAGGGCAGCCAGUCACCUUCACUGAUAUCUUUGGAAUGCUAAUAGGUGAAACACUUAUUCAUAACAGAAUGGACACCACUCUGAGUGACAUGAAGGAGAAAGUCAGUGAAGCACAGUGUGCUCUUCCACUCUUUACGUGUCUCCAUGUCAAACCAGAUGUCUCAGAGCUUAUGUUUGCAGACUGGGUGGAAUUCAGUCCAUAUGAGAUUGGUAUGGCAAAGUAUGGUACUUUUAUGUCUCCUGAUUUGUUUGGAAGCAAAUUUUUUAUGGGAACGGUGGUGAAGAAAUACAGUGAAAAUCCUUUGCAUUUCUUAAUGGGUGUCUGGGGCAGCGCGUUUUCUAUAUUAUUUAACAGAGUGCUCGGUGUCUCCAAUUCUCAAAAUAAAGGUCCCACCAUGGAAGAAGAACUAGAAAAUAUUAGGCUAAAGCACCUUGUAAGUAAUGACAGCUCAGACAGUGAAGAUGAAUCACAGCAUCCAAAAGGCACUGAAAAUUCAGAGGCAAAUGAAGAGUAUCAGAACAGCAGCCAAGAAAGCUGGGUGCAGCGAAUGCUGAUGGCUUUGGUGGGUGAUAGUGCCCUUUUCAAUACCAGGGAAGGGCGUGCUGGGAAAGUGCACAACUUCAUGCUGGGAUUGAACCUCAACAGCUGUUACCCACUGUCUCCUCUGGCAGACCUCCUGACUCAGGAAUCUGUGGAGGAAGAUGAGCUAGAUGCAGCCGUUGCAGAUCCUGAUGAGUUUGAGAGGAUAUAUGAGCCACUAGAUGUGAAGAGCAAAAAGAUUCACAUUGUGGACAGUGGUCUUACAUUUAACCUUCCAUAUCCACUUAUCCUAAGACCUCAAAGAGGAGUUGAUCUCAUCAUCUCUUUUGAUUUUUCAGCAAGGCCAAGUGAUUCCAGUCCUCCUUUCAAAGAAAUUUUACUUGCUGAAAAAUGGGCCAAAAUGAACAAGCUUCCUUUUCCAAAAAUAGAUCCAAAUGUAUUUGAUCGAGAGGGCUUGAAGGAGUGCUAUGUUUUUAAACCAAAGGAUACCUCUUCAGAGAAGGAUUGCCCAACAAUAAUCCAUUUUGUACUGGCAAACAUCAACUUCCGGAAGUACAAAGCUCCAGGUCUUCCAAGAGAGUCAAAGGAAGAGAAGGAUUUUGCUGACUUUGACAUUUUUGAUGAUCCUAAUACACCAUUCUCUACCUUCAACUUCCAGUAUCCCAAUGAGGCUUUCAAGAGGCUUCACGAUUUAAUGGAGUUCAACACCCUCAAUAACUUAGAUGUGAUCAAGCAGGCUAUGAUGGAAAGCAUUGAAUACAGAAAGGAAAAUCCGUCUCGCUGCUCUGUGUCACUUAGCAGUGUUGAAGCAAGGAGGUUCUUUAACAAGAACAAUCUUAACAACCAUACGUAGAGAAUGUGUCACAGGUCUGCUGCUUCAAGAAACUGAUUCUAUUUUUUUAACUGGAUUCACAAAGACAUGAGAGAAUCACUGCUCUUGAAAUAAAGGGCUGUGCACAACUCCUGAAAACAUUUUCUUGUGAAUUUUCAAUUUUGUAUUUCCUUUUUUUUUUUUUUAACAUUCAAAGCAUUUCAGUAUAUUGAUAUCCUUAUUUUAAACGCUAUGUACUUAGGUUGUUAUGAGUCACUAUCCCUGAAAAUGUUCAAGAAACACUUAGAUGUUGUACUAAGGGAUGUAAUUUAGUGGUAAAAUAUUGGUGGUAGGUGGGUGGUUGGACUGGAUGAUCUUGGAGGUCUUUUCCAACCUUGGUGAUUCUAUGAUUCCAUGAAUACAAAGUCACUGAGUUCAUUGUCUUUAUUUUUUAUCAUAGGAAAGUGUAAACGCUGGUCUCUUAUUCGGACAGUUGUCUCAUUUUUAAUUGAUAUAAACUGGCAUCUCCUGAAAUGUGAGAUGGAAUUAGAAACACAAUAGAAUAAAAGUUUACUAGCAGAGAUAAUACAGAUGCAUUCCUUACCGUGGGCCCUGAUUCCAUUCAGUUUGCAUCAGUGAGAUUUCCGUCAGCUUUACUUCGAAAAGUCAAUAAUUGCUACUACUAUUCAGUGCACUUGUCUUGAAUGUAAGUCACUUGGCUGCUUGCUAUCGCUGUUAAGAUUGAUUUCUUCUACUGGAAGUGGUUUUGCUUACCCAUAACCAUUGGGUGUAUUGACCUAGCCAAAACUCCAUCAUCAGGCUGUGUUUCACGUGUUGCUUUUCUUGACUGAGUGGUAAACAACAAACAUUUGAUAACAAAUGCCUAUCAAAAAAUGAGAUCUAUACAACUUUGAGAUUAUAAGUAGGGUCUUCAGCUGGUUAUUAAUGUUAGUAGAGCUUUUGUAACUGUUAUUAAAAAGGAUCUGCUCUUGGAUCUUUGAGUUGCAAAUGUGUUCACAAAAAUCAAAUUCUGCUUUACUGACAUUUAAGAAUAUAUGCAUCCCUCAAGCAAAAAAAAAAAACAAAAACAGAAAAACAACCAAACAACCAAACAAACAAGCAAAAAAACCUACAGCUUUUUACAUUUCCUUUUUCUCUUUUGUUCCACAAAAUUACAUUGCUUGAGUUUUUUUUUUUAGCUGGUAGCACCUGUGUGUUAAGCAGUUGUUAGUUCACAUAUUUCUACACAAAAUGUUUCCAGAUAAAUUAAAAAUGAUUUUGCAUUUGGUCAUGAUUAAAUGCAUAACAUUUCUGCAAGGGAACAGUGGCAGUGUUUACUAGGGAUAAAAAAAUGUUCCUAGGUAAGAAUGUGAAGUACUUAAUCUGGUAAGGGCUGUGUUUUGAAGUCUAUUUUUAGUACUUGACAACCAUACAUAGAGAAUGUGUCAUGACACAAUGAAAGACUGCAAGUUAGACAUAGGUUAUUUUGGUACCGUCUGAAAAAGUGAUGAAAGUCUUCAGAGUAAUUGCAGUUAAAAAGCAAAUAUAGAGAAAAAUAGUCACACUUGGAACAUUUCUAUCCUCCUUUGAAAUAAUGCAGUCAGCUUGUAUGUAACAUAGAAAAGAGCAGAAGAAGCUGAUGGGGCCACUGGGUGGCACAUACAGGAGCAAGAUGUGAGAGCUGCACAUUUGAGGAGUGCUUGGCUGGUUUCUCUUCGUAUUUCUUUAACGUCGUGGGAGUAAUGCUCAGCAGAUGUACGUGGCAGUCCCAGCAAUUGUUUGUCAGCUGUUCUCUUGUGGAGUUUGGAGAAGGUGGCAGGGACUGAACAGUGUAGUUAAAGGUGGACCUACUGUCUGUGAGAGUCGGUGAAGAACAUAAAAAGAUAUUUGUAGAGAUUUGGACAAAAACCAUCCUGAGCUAUGCUGUGAGUUGCUUGAUCAGCAGCAGAUGGAGAAGAAAAGCACUCUAGGAAUUUCACUGUAGUGAAAACAAGGCACAUAAUUGGAAUUGUUUGCAGGAGGCACGAGUGUUUCCUUGUAAAAGCUGUAAGGGGGAUUUUGGUCUCAAGAUUUCUGUUGACGCUAACAGACCCUCUUAUCAUUCUGAGAGGACCUUCACUAUCCUAGCAGACACAGAAGCAAUGGUCACAAGGAAUAGCAUCACUUCGAGUAAAGACUAUUUGAAGCAGGUCUGAUCUUGUUUGAUAGUUUUCUGAUAAAACAACUUUUACAGUAACCGCUCAUUUAUCAAAAUAUCUGCUAAUUCAGUGACUGCUCAUUUUAUUGUGAAUAACAGAUACUUUUUAAUUGCUGAAAUCUCUAAGCCUGUGGGAAGGGGAGUAAUUAUAAUGUGUAAUAGGUACUGCAUCAUCCCUUCUUAAAUCUGCUUGUGAUGCUGGGUGAUUAAUAACAUUUUCUGCAUUGAUUAAUAGGUUUUGUUUCUGUUUAAGUUAAUGCAUGUUUAAAAUCAAGAACAAAAAUAAAAGUAACUUAUCUUAGUGCUGCAUAAUUUAAACAUUUUUCCAAUAAAUUUUGCAGUACAGGAAGUAACUGGUACCAUGAUUUUAUUGUAAUAUUUCCUUUGUAUUUUUUCCUUCUUUUAACAUCAUUUUUAUAUUUUGAAUUUUAUAGUAUGUACUUUCUCUAUUUUAUGGCAGAGUUUUACAGUUUGCGUUAUACAGUUUAUGUUAUUGCACUGUUAUCAGACAAAAAGUAACACUUAACUAUAUUUGGCA